CUGGCGGGUCUUCAUCCCAUCCUGCCCAACUUCCUGCUCAGGGGCUUCACGCACUCAGUCUUCGUAGCUCUGUCGGUCUGCUCAACAGCUGCGUCGGACCGGCCUGACGACUUCCAGCAGAGGCCACAAGCAGCCAAAGCCAAUGGUAAGCGCAGCACGGGGAUCCUAGUGCCACAUAUUCUGGAGAGUCGGUGCGCUGCCUUCCAGCAUCAAGCCAACAAGUAUUCUGCGCGAGGUGAAGGUCCUCGACACGGAGCCUCAAAGCUAGCGAUGCCCGGAUCCACGCCGGCCAGCAGCAAGGCUCGGGUCUACACCGACGUCAACACACAGAAGAACAGAGAGUACUGGGACUACGAUGCUCAUGUGCCAAACUGGAGCAAUCAAGACAACUAUCAGCUGGUGCGUAAACUGGGUAGAGGGAAGUACAGUGAAGUAUUUGAGGCCAUAAAUGUGACCAACAAUGAGAAGGUGGUGGUGAAAAUCCUCAAGCCCGUCAAGAAGAAGAAGAUCAAAAGGGAAAUCAAAAUUCUUGAAAACUUGCGUGGGGGAACCAACAUCAUCCGCCUGGUCGACACAGUCAAGGACCCGGUGUCCCGAACACCAGCGCUUGUCUUUGAGUGCAUCAAUAACACAGACUUUAAGGAGCUUUACCAGAAGCUGACAGACUAUGAUAUCCGUUACUACAUGUAUGAGCUGCUCAAGGCUCUGGACUACUGUCACAGUAUGGGGAUCAUGCACAGGGACGUGAAGCCCCACAACGUGAUGAUCGACCACCAGCUGAGGAAGCUGCGUCUCAUAGAUUGGGGUUUGGCAGAAUUUUACCAUCCCGCUCAGGAAUACAACGUCAGGGUGGCUUCCCGCUAUUUCAAAGGCCCUGAGCUGCUAGUGGACUAUCAGAUGUAUGACUAUAGUUUGGACAUGUGGAGUCUAGGCUGCAUGUUGGCCAGCAUGAUCUUUCUGAAGGAACCGUUUUUUCAUGGCCAGGACAACUACGAUCAGCUGGUCCGCAUUGCUAAGGUUCUUGGCACAGAUGAGCUCUUCGGCUACUUGCACAAAUAUCACAUAGAACUGGACACCCGCUUCAAAGACCUGCUGGGACAGCAAACACGGAAGCGUUGGGAGCAGUUCAUCCAGUCAGAGAACCAGCACCUGGUGAGUCCAGAGGCCCUGGACCUGCUGGAUAAGCUGCUGCGCUACGACCACCAGCAGAGGCUGACGGCGGCUGAGGCCAUGCAGCACCCGUACUUCUAUCCUGUGGUGAAGGAAAAUGCCAGUACUGACGGCACAAAGGCAAUAAGCAGCUCCAAUGCAACAUGAUACCCAGAGAGCAGGAAGAAUCUUUGUUACCUCAACUUGUGACCUUUUCGUGGCAGAAACCUCCACAUCAACAGCCAUACUGGAGUAAGAUGUCAAUUUUUGCAGCAGACGGCAACACGCACGGAUUAAACUUCUCCAAAAACAAAGCCCGGGGAAUCUGCGCUGCUCGGUGCAGGUCACAAAUAAGUCAGAGCUGAAAUCGGAUCUGACACCCAACCGCCACCUCCUCUUCCUCCCUCCCUCCUCCCAACAUCGCCCUAAACGAGUUUUUAAAAUAAGCAAAGUGGCUGUUGUUGGAUCAGUAUCAAGCCGGUGUUGUUGCUGUAAAGACAUUUGUCCGUCAUUGCGACGCUGUGGUGACCUGAGAUUCAGUUUCCAGGUUUUAGCACUGAGUGGCAUGGAGGCUCUUUUCUGCUAUGGAUAGAACAAAAGCUAUAUUGAAAGAGAAUAAACCGUUUUUAUUUAAA